AUGACGGCAAUUACGGAGGGGUCAGGAGAUAGUCAGAAAGAGGCCAUAGGGGGUCAGGAUGCCAGCAGUCCCAAAUCUCCCUACUGGAGGAUAGCAGAGCCUGACCAACCACACUUGAAAUGGGGGAGUGGCUGCCUUCUGGGAAACCUGUGGGAUGUGAUAGGAUGGGGGGAGGAUGGACAUUGGGGAGAAGGACUGGCCUACCUGAUUGCGAUUGGCAAGUCCCAGGAAUUGAUCAUGUCGUGGGAGUGGNAAAAACACUCAACCCCCAACACACCCACUGAUGGAGACAAUGUCUGUGAGAUAGAUGUCACCAAUGUGGAUACACUGCUCACCUGCCUCUGGGGGCUGGCUGGGAAUGGGGCUGUCCUCUGGCUCCUUGGCUCCCGCUGUUUGUGCAGGAACAGCACCACCCAUUACAUCCUAAUGCAGACUUUUUUUGAAUUCCUCUUUCUCCUCUUUCUGGUCCCCUCCAGUCUGCUUUUCCUGGUGGAGGACGUGUCCUGCUCUGUCAUCAUGCCCGUGCAGUAUGUAUGGUUGGUCUUCUGGCUGUCACUGGUGUCCUGCAGCCUGGGGCUGUACCUGCUGACAUUCAUCAGCAUCCAGAGGUGCAGGUCCAUCCACUGCCUGCUCUGGCACUGCUGCCACCGUCCCCAGCACCUGUCAAAGGCGGUGUGUGGCGUGAUCUGGGCAUUCUCCAUCAUUGUCUUCACUGUCGUUUCCACAGUAAUUUUCCUCUGUGUGUGCCAGCUACCUGAGCACCGCCGAGUGUCUCUCAUGUCCACGUAUGCUUUCAACCUCCUGCUCUGUGCUCCCUUCUUGCUCAUUUCCAGCACAGUCCUCUUCAGUAUGGUCAUGCCUGGCUCCAACCAGCCACAACCCUAGAGGCUUGACAUUGUUAUCUGUCUCACUGUGCUCCUCACAAUGCCCCUCAGCCUAUGGAAUUUACUGCAGGAGUUCAGCUAUACCAUUUUCUCCCCCCAGGUUUUCCUGCUCAUUUGCAUCCAUAGUAGCAUCAAAUCCUUCAUCUACUUCUUGGCAGGGAGCUGCCUGAGGCACUGCUCGGUGGAGUCCCUUCGGCUCUCCCUCCAGAGGAUCUUUGAGAAGCCAGAAGAAAACCCUGCUGGCAUCGGGGAUGAUCUCUGUGAGAUAGAUGUCACCAGCGUGGCCAUGCACAGUGUGACACUGUUCAUCUGCCUCUAUGGGCUGGCCGGGAAUGCAGCUGUCAUUUGGGUCCUUGGCUUCCACAUCCAGAGGGACACCAUGAAACCCAUCACUGCCAACAUCCUUGACCUGGCCAUCUUCAACUUCUUCAUCAUCAUGCUCCCCUCCACUUGGGUAUUCCUGCUGGCAGAUUUGUCCUGCUCUCCCGUCAUCCUCCCAGCAUACAUAAGCUUAUUUUUCCUUCUCUUCGUGAUUUUUACAUCCUAG